AUGGCGGCCGAUCGAUCGUCAGUUGAAGGUCAGAUAGGGUUGCUUGCUGUCAUCAUACUUGCAGUUGUCAAUGUCCUGUUCGGUGUCCUUGGUAUCAUUGGCAAUACAGUCACUUGCUUGGCUGUGUGGAAAAACCCUCUUCUUCAAGCAGGAGUCAACUUCUGUAUCGUCAGUCUUUCUAUAGCAGAUCUUCUGGUCUGUGUCUUCACUCAGCCUAUUUAUGUCCUCAGUUUGAUUGGUUUUACCAGCAAGCACUUUAUGGUCUUCUACUAUAUUGUUACUUCAACAUCGCUCUAUGCAUCGCUCAAUAAUCUUCUCUUAAUGACCGCAAAUCGAGUAGUUGCCAUCUUCUAUCCAUUGAGAUACAAGUCCAUUAUGUCCAAGAGGAAUGUCCUGUUUUGUAUCGGUUUCAUCUGGGUCCUGUCAAUAAUCGAAGGUGUGCUGCGAACAUUGACUAUUUUCAAACAGUUCACCCCUCAUAUCAGGAUCUGUGCCGUUUUACUGUUUAUUUCCAUGUAUGCCAAAAUCUUCUACGUAUCAAGAAAAGAGAGGCAAAAAAUUAUCCGUCAAAAUAACUCACUGUCUUUCAACUACAAGCUUGCGAAGAUUGAGUUCGAAAACAACGCCUCUAAAACCGCCUUCGUCAUUGUUGGUACGUUUGUGUUGGCCUUUCUGCCCAUAACUCUUUUGAUCAUGUUCAACUCGACCAUUAAACUUGCUACAGAAUGCUCCUUUACUCUAAUGUGCUGUUCCUCUGCAGUAAAUCCUUUAGUAUAUGGCUGGAGAAACCACCGAUUCAGAAAUGAAGUUAAGAAAAUGUUUCCUUUCGCUCGUAAGAAUCGUAUUGCCCCUCCACUCGACAUGAAUGAUACACUGAAGCCGAGGCUGCCAAUCAAAUGGACCAAGUAA